AUGAGGAUCUAUGACCAUGUCAAAUUCGGAUUGAUGGCACUCGAAUGGCUCUUGAGCAUCCCCGGGGGUCAUUCAGUGCCAUUGACUCCACAACUUCCGACACUUUGUUCUCGAAACUCAGUGACCGUUGCGCAGAACUCGUCCUCUGUCUGGCCGUGGCAGGAAUAUACAUCGUCGAGUGCAAAACCACCAUAUCUCGAAAUCAACGCGACUGGCGAGCAGCUUGCGCCAGGCCUGAUCUUUUUUGAUCCACAGACGGGCAUAAAUCCCCGGUCUUACAUCCCUGAUCAAGCUCCGUUCAUCAUGACCGACACCGGCGAUCUCAUUUGGUCGGGGCCCGUCACCCCGGAUGCCUCAAAUUUCCGCGUGCAGGAACUAUACGGGGAACCGGUGAUCACCUAUUGGGCAGGUAGCGGUGGUGCUUCGAGCUCUGCAUCAGCAUCCCACGGUUACGGUCACAUCGUCAUUCAAAACUCAUCAUAUGACCAGAUUGCCACCGUUUGUCCAAGUUUCAACUUGACUCUACCACCUGGACAGUCUGCACCUUGUCAGGCGGAUGUUCACGAAUCCUUUAUCACCGAAGACAAUACAAUUCUCGUCACAGCCUACAACAUUACCAGCGCGAACCUGAAAGAUCUCGGUGGCCCUGAGGAAGGGUGGGUCCUGGAUCCUCUUGUGUUUGAGAUUGAUCUCACCACUUCGGAAAUUCUUUUUUCUUGGAGCCCCCUCGCACACGUGCCAAUAACAGACACAAAACUCCCCCUCUUGGGCGCAGGGGAGAAUAUCAGCAACCCUUUCGACUUUUUUCACACUAACUCUAUCCAACUGUUUGAGGGAAAUUAUCUUGUGAAUAGUCGUAACACCUGGACGACGUACCUCGUUGACAGAAAAGGCAACAUUCUCUGGCAAAUUGAUGGCGAGACGGGUGGUGACUUCGGCGGGCUGCCCGAGGGAGGUCGAUUUUCGUGGCAACAUUAUGCUCGAAUCGCACGUCUCUCCCACACCCAACUUCAGCUCAGGUACUUUGCAAAUAACAAUGGGGAUCCGACCACAAGCAACCCGUCAGUCGGCCUCGAAUUUUUGUUGACAGUGCCCCCGGCCACCGAUCACCCGCCUCAGCUACUGAAGAAUCUCUCAGACCCACUGUACCCCGCUGCGUCUUUGGCCAUGGGAACGCAUGAUAUCCUGUCAAACGACAACCAUUUCCUUGGCUACGGCAUCCAACCUGUGAUGAAAGAGUUUGGGCCGCAAGAUCCCCAAGGCCGUGAUGUUCGCUGGUCAGCGCGGUACAACUUCGAGAAUGGCGCUGCUAGUUAUCGCACCUACAAAACUAACUGGAGAGCCAGCCCCUCAACAAAGCCGUCUCUUCAGAUUAAAAAGGUUGGCAGCGGAAGCAACGUUUCUUCAGGGCUAGACGGUAUUGAAUGUGGCUCAUCGGAAAUCCGAGGCUACAUAAGUUGGAAUGGUGCAACCGAAGUAAAGCACUUUGUGGUUUACACGGGCAGUGACGAGAACUCAAUGACAGCAGUUGGGAUUACUCGAAAACAAGGCUUUGAAACAGAGUUCGCCAUUCCUGAGGGGUAUGGGCAUAAGUUUGUUCAGGUGGGUGCAGUUGAAAAUAACCACUCUGGGGUGGUCAUGAAAUCCGCCAUCAUGCAAAUGUAA